AGCAGCCAAUCAGUAUGACGAGCAAGGAACAUUUUGGCCAGCAGGGGGCACUACUUGAAGACCCUUCAGCAUGGUUGGCACUACAAGCAGCAAACGGCCUUGCGAUUCCGUACCUGGGGUAUGUACUGUUGGACGUGAAGGACACAGUGAAGUCCUGGUGUGGGGCCGUACCAAGGCUGGCAUUCAGAAACGGGAUUACCAGUGCCUAGUGGAGCCCUUUGGGGAGUCUGAUGUGCUCACCGCUCGAGCAGUAUCAACGGUCAAGCAGGGAAGGUUACCCAUCAGAGUGAGAAACAUAAGCAGCACCCCGGUCUACCUACGACGCCACCAGAAGCUGGCUAAGGCAUUUGUAGUGGAACCAGCAGACAUUGUACAAGACACGGAUGUGAGUAUGUCCAGAGUGGGGGAACAGGUGGUACAGGUUAGCUUAACGCAAGUAAAACAAGACCUAAAGGACCGGCCCGCCCUAGUGGAUGUUAACAACAUUGAUAUCUCCCCAGCCCAAAGACUGAAAUUACAGGAACUGUUACACAAGCAUCAGGCUGUGUUCUCUUGUCAUGACGAGGACUAUGGGAAGACGAGCACCAUACAGCAUGUGAUCCCGACAGGAGACGCCGCACCUGUGAGAGGACGCCACAGUCAUGUGCCUCGCCACCUGUACCAGGAAGUGAAAACCCUCAUUCAAGAUGCCAGCAACAGAGGCCUGGGGGCAGUGCUCGCCCAGGUGCAGGGGGGUAAGGAGCGAGUCAUCGCUUUUGCUAGCCGGAGCCUGCAUCCAACUGAAAGAAAUGACAGUAACUACAGUUCUUUUAAAUUAGAAUUCCUCGCAUUGAAGUGGGCCAUCACAGAAAAGUUUGCAGAGUACCUAACGCCGGCACCCUUUGUAGUAUACACAGACAAUAACCCGCUUGUGCAUCUCAACUCUGCUAAAUUGGGUAGUCAUGAACAGAGAUGGGCGGCCCGCCUUGCCGGCUUUCAGUUUGAGAUUAAGUAUCGGCCAGGACGUAAUAACCAGAGUGCAGAUGCAUUGUCCCGCUUCCCCCCAGAGACAGCAGUCCCAGACCAGAGGGAAGAGCGAGAGGGACUGGAGAUACCAGGCUUCCGGGAGGUUCAGCCGUCAACAGUGACUGCCCUGUGUGUGGGGGUGGGCUGGAGAACCAAGGAGCCUGAUGACCAGGGGACUACAAUGGAACAGGGUACCCCACUCCAGCCUGACAGAACAUGGGCUCAGUGGAAGAGCCUACAAGAAAGUGACCCCACGCUGAGGAGAGUGCUACACUUCCUCCAGAGAGGCCAACACCCUAACAGACUGGAACGACAAGCGGAGUCCAAAGAGGUCCUAGAAAUACUGCGACAAUGGGAUUGGUUGAGGUGCAAAGACGGUGUGCUGUGCCGGACGUUUCAGGACCCCAAGGAAGUGGAUCUACGAACCCAAAUGGUCGCCCCAGCAGGUGAGCGAGUCCACAUCUGGAAACUGUACCAUGACCAGGCGGGUCACUGGGGUGCAGAAAAGACUACCGUAUUUUCCGGACUAUAA